AUGGCUCAAUAUUCUGUCAAGCAGGUUUACAACAAGUUGGUGGGUGAUAAACCUCAUGUUCAGUGGGAUAAGGUGGUCUGGAACAGAUUGAAUGUGCCAGAGCAUAGAUUUAUAUGCUGGCUUGCAAUACAGAAUAGGUUACAGACUACAGCCAAGUUAGCAAAAAUAGGUGUGAGCUACUCUACUGAUUGUUUAAUUUGCAAGCAAGCUGCUGAAGUUCAUGAUCACCUGUUUUUCAGUUGUCAGUACAGUCAAUUGUGUUUUCAAGAUCUUGCUACAUGGCUUAACAUUAGAAACACUAGUACAGGCUUACACAAUGUCAUCAACACCAUCAAGAGAGGGAAGCAUUCCAAGUUCAGGAAUCAAGUAUGCUAUGCAGGGGUGGCAGCUCUGGUUUACUUGAUUUGGAAAAGUAGGAAUCAGAGUUUCUGGGAAGGUUCAGUUCCAACAGUUGAUUCUGUAAUGAGUAAUUUGAAACGAAUUGUAAAGGAUAGAAUUAAAUCAGUCAUGUGUAAGAAAUUAGCAGUAGUUGUGUGUUCAUCUCUGUGUGAGAUGGCUAAGUUGUUUUGA